AUGGAUCUAGCCUCUCGAGGUGCCGCUGCUGUCGAGGAUAAGGACUUCCCCCUUGCUUUGUCGCUUUACACUCGCGCGCUCAUCGACCACCCUUACUCCCCGGAUUAUUUCCACCAGCGGUCGCUCGUAUUCACACGUCUCUCACCACCCCGUUAUGACCUCGCUCUGAAAGAUGCAGAGUAUGCCCUUCUUCUUGCCAAGAAACGUGAAAAGAGGGAGAAGAUCCAGGCUGCACAACAGCGACGACUUGUGGCUCUCUACGGUCUCGGACGGUACGCAGAUGCCAAAGCGGUUUUGCAGAUGAUGGAGAAAUGGAGAACGACCAAAUCUGCGCAGAUGGAAGGGAAGAUGUGGCUCAAUAGGGUGGAUGGGAAGUUGAAAGAUACUCCCGAGUCUGAGAGGGUGUCGUCUGUGAAGGAAAUUCCAGCCAUCGACCUGCCCAGUGAGACACAAAUGAAGGAGUGGCUUAAGACACAACUAAAUCUGGAUGGAUCUUACAAGUUCGACAAAGACAAAGACGUCGAGGUGACCGCUCCCAACGCCGCUGCCGAUACCACUGGUACCACCAAGCCGAACAACGAUGAGACUAAACCCACCGCUGCUCCAUUCAAGAUUCGGCACGAAUGGUAUCAAUCUACCCAGACAGUCACUCUGACACUGUACGCGAAGAAUGUCCCCAAAGACGCCUGUGAGAUUAAUAUCCAGGAAGACUCUGUGUCUGUCUCCUUCCCCCAUCCGUCUGACCCGUCUUCCACAUUUCAAUUCACACUCGACCCGCUCUUCGCUCUCAUCGAUCCAUCUCAAAGCCGAUACGCUGUUCUAUCAACGAAGAUCGAGUUGACGCUGAAGAAAGUGCAAUUGGGGAAGUGGCAUGACCUGGAAGGCGUUGCGCCGCUAAAACCAGUGUCUUCCGAAGUAGAUAAUGAAACAGAGGAAGUGGAAGGCGGGCGAAAGCCAACGUUAGGGUCGACAAAUACUUCCUCGUCGGCCACGGCAGUUACACAACCAACUGUGGUGAAGGAUAAUCCCCCUUCGUACCCAACCUCCUCCCGCCACGGCCCAAAGAACUGGGAUAAACUCGCCGACGAACUCCACGCACGAGCCAAGCAGGAAAGCAAGCCAAGGUCGAAAGAGACGGGCAAAUCCAACCCGGAUGACCCUUUGAAAGACAAGCCUGCCAGCACUUCCGACACCCGUGCAGAUCAAGAUAGUGACUAUGAUUCGGAGUACGACGCUGGCGAUGCGGUGGACGGAUUCUUCAAGAAGCUUUAUGCCAUGUCGGACGACGACACACGUAGAGCGAUGGCCAAAAGCUUCUACGAGAGUAACGGAACCUCCUUAAGCACCAAUUGGAAGCAAGUCGGGUCAAAGAAAGUCGAGGAAGUCAAGAGUUCCCAUGAUUGA